GGAAGGCAGGGCUGGGCUGGGUGCAUUCGCUGCCUGUACAUCGACGCCCUCUUAUCUGGGGUGCGCGCCCAAGCUUGGAGCGCGAACCGCUCACCCUAGAACUCCAGUGUGGACGAACCCUCGCUUUUCGGAACAGCACCGAAAAGGCUAAAGGACUUGCUUACCGUGCAUGCCACAGCCAUUUAGGAGCCUAGCACCUGGUUUACAGUUGGGAAAACUGAAGCAUACAACAGUUAAGGUUUCAGGGAACCCUCUGAUUAAGAGUAUUUGACAGAGGAGAAAGGGAAGAGGCUUGAGGAAGAGGAUAUUUGAAACAAAUGGAAAGACAACGAGCAGAGCAGGAAAAAGGCCAGAGAAAGACAGGCCAAGAAGUCAAGAAGAGCCAGGAGACUGAGGCUGCAGGAAGUUGUGGGAGAGCAGAGAUGUAAAGAGGACCAAGUCACAUGCUGUUGGGACUUCUGCUGAGAAGAACGAAGGGAAAAUGGAGAGGAUAAAGACAUAAAGGAGAGAAGCAGGCCUGAAGUGCCAGAGGGCACAGGAUCCCAGAAGAGAGGCUGGACUUGGAAAGGAGGAGGGACAGCACCCCCCGCCCCCCACCAGGCAGAACAAGGGGAUCUUCCUGACCCAGGGAUCGAACACAAGGAUCCUGUGCUGGCAAGCAGAUUCUUUACCGCUGCGCCACCAGGGAAGCCCUUCACAAAGCUAAACAAAGCCAGUCCUUCUCUGACUUCAUGUUUACCUUCCAGAGGCUAACAAUGCUCUCUCGCCAGAGGAAACAGCCAUGGAGCAAGUCUGCCAGCUGGAAAAGAUAAAAUGCCUCCAAGGCUCCCGCUUAAACCAAGGCUCAGGCAAGUCCCAUGUCCCCUUGGCUCUUAAGGAAGAGCUGGUGUCUGCCUCUCAAUUGGAAGAAGAGGAACUGGAUCCAGAUUUAGCCCCAGACGUGGAGGAGGAGGAAGUGGAGGAGGAGGAGGAAGAGAAUGAUCUGGGGGACCCAGCUGUCCUCAGCGCUGUCCAUAACAGCCAGAAAGGGCUUCUCAGCUCCCUUGGAAUCACGGCCCGUGGUGUUCUAGGGAUGUCCCCUGCCUCCUUGCACUUUCUGUGGCAGACCCUGGACCACCUGGUUCCCCUUCCCUUCCGGCCCGCCCUUCUCAGCACCCGCUCUGCAGCCUGCCACUUUGGACCUCGACUGCCCGCACCAGAUCCAUCACUCCUCUGCAGUCCACCCACCUCAUGGCCCCUGAGGCUCAGUCAUCUGACCCAGCUCCACCCUCAGCACCAGAGGAUCUUGAAGCAGCAGCAACAACAAGGUCGACCACAAAGUCCCCCAGCCAAGAAGUGGCCUCAGCAGCCGGACUCCUAUGCUAACCUCAUGACGCAGAAAGAGAAGGACUGGGUGGUAAAAGUGCAGAUGGUUCAGCUGCAGAGUGAGAACCCCCGCCUUGAUGACUAUUACUACCAGGAAUAUUAUCAGAAACUAGAGAAGAAGCAGGCAGAUGAAGAGCUGCUUGGGCGAAGAAGCAGGUUUGAGUCUCUCAAGCUGGUCACACCUUACAUUCAGAAGGCGGGGGUUUAUGAAUCAGUGGUUCGAAUUGAGGGUUCCCUGGGCCAGGUAGCUGUGUCGACAUGUUUUACCCCUCGCCGAGCUAUUGACGCUGUGCCCCACGGAACUCAAGAGCAGGAGACAGCAGCUGCAAGCAGUCAGAGGCUUUGGGUGCUGUACCGGAUUGAGAAGAUGUUCCUUCAGUUACUGGAGAUAGAGGAUGGCCAGCAGGAUGGGCCUGCACAGCCCCGUGACUCUGAGCAGCAGAGCAGCCGGGUUGAGAAGCUCUUCCAGGCCUUAAAGGCCCAGGGGCAGAAUAAUCUGGAGGCGGCGGAUGACGGCUUCCUGCAGGUGCUGUCCGUGGGGAAGGGGAAAGCCCUGGUGGCCCGGCUCCUCCCCUUCCUGCGCCGGGAACAAGCUGUCAGCUUGCUGCUGGCCAUCACCCGCCACCUGCCCUUCCUGGUCAAGAGGGACGUGGCCGAUCAGGCCCUGCAAAUGUUAUUUCAACCUCUGAGCAAAUGUAUCAGGCACUUGACCUUCCGUGAACUCCUCCAAGGACUUCAGGGACUCAUGCGGCUACCACCUGGCUCCUCUGAGCGGCCAAUCACCGUGGUGCUUCAGAAUCCGUUUGGCAUAUCUUUGCUCUAUGCCCUGCUAAGUCAUGGGGAGCAGCUGGUAUCACUGAAUUCUUCCAUCAAGGAGCCCAGCAGUGACCAUUCAGCUUGGACAGACAUGGUGAUUCUCACUGCCUGGGAGAUUGCUCAGAUGCCUACAGCCUCUCUGGCAGAACCCCUGGCCUUCCCCAGCAACCUUCUUCCCCUGUUCUGUCACCACGUGGACAAAGAAUUGGUACAGAAGCUGGAGGCUAGGAUGGAGUAUGUGACCACGGAAAUAAGAUCAUAGCCCCAGGUUGAAGCCCAGACUAGGUUCUAUCACUUCUCUUCUAUGUUUAAACCAAGAGUAUGGAGGAUAACUUGCUUUUAGAAGUAUUUCUAGACAUGGAUACUUACUGAGUAACCAAUCUGCUCAAAGUUAGGGUUGUAUGACCUGUUUCUUCAGCCAAACUUUUCCAUUUUUUUCCCUAGGAACUUUGAUUAUUUAUCACACUAAGAUAUUUGAGAGUAAGAAUUAGAGAAGAUGAACUGUUCAUUCAAAAACUGUUUGAGGGACAACUCAAAUGUAAAGAAGAUGUAAACGCACAAAGAACAUGUAGGUCAUCUUUCCUCAGAACUUUCAAUCUGCUGGCCAGAGAUACUAAUCACAUGGCACAAUACUUUAAAGGGAAGUUAUUUGGAGUUGAUCCCUCUUUUUGUAGGUUUGUUUUGAUCUACUGAUCAGCUUGUUCCAGAAUGCCUAUAUAUAGGGCAAGUUUAGUGAUCAGACACUAGCUGUGUAUAGGUUUUGCCUACAGGGAUCCAGAGAGUCUGAAGACAGUGUACACCUUGAUAUAUUGGCAAACCUUGCCCAAAACCUUUUCUCAUGCCUCAAAAAACUGAACUAUGUGCCUAAAAAGGCAGAGCAAAAUGAGGUAUAAUUAAAAAGAUAACAGAAUGAAGUGCUGCAGCUUGUUUGUAAAUGAAGAGGUAUUAUCAAAGUCACUUUCUUUUGUGUGAAGCUUCACAAGUGUCCUUAAUGUAAGGGACAAGUCCUUGUUGUGUUGAACAAUAGACUGACUUUGAAAACUG